CAAAAGCUGAGAUAUCGGAUAAGCGGCAGCACAAAACUUAAAUCGGCAUUGUCAACACAGACUUAUUAAGUGGCCAUUCAAAUGGGUGGAAUAUGUUACAUAAAUUGGCAACAAGUUUCAAGUGGGUGAAGCAAUUAAGUUGGGAAUCUGCAGAGCAUUAAAGUGAUGCACUUAAUGAGAGGUGGCAUCCUAUAUGCAGAACAUUACAUCUGAAAUUUUCCAGUAGCCCCACGGUUUCUACUUCAGAGGCCACUCUGGGUGGAAGGAGUAGAUUCUUGAAUACUCCUGUGCCUAUAAAAUAACCAAAAAUGAAGGAGGACAGUUGUUUACAUGCUGCUCUUAUCUGCCUGGGCAUGCUGUGUUACAGCCAUGCCCUGUCUACAGAAAAACUCAACCAUUUAAGGCCGUCACUUCAUGGUCACCAUGAAAAAGGAAAAGAAGGGCAAGUUCUGCAUCGUUCAAAAAGAGGCUGGGUGUGGAAUCAGUUCUUUGUAAUAGAAGAGUACACAGGACCGGAUCCUGUACUAGUUGGCAGGCUUCAUUCAGAUAUCGACUCUGGAGAUGGAAACAUUAAAUACAUUCUCUCAGGUGAAGGCGCUGGAAUAAUUUUUGUUAUCGAUGACAAAUCAGGGAACAUCCAUGCAACAAAGACACUGGACCGAGAAGAGAGAGCUCAGUAUACUCUAACGGCACAAGCUGUAGACAGAAACACUAACAGACCUUUGGAACCACCUUCAGAAUUCAUUGUUAAAGUUCAAGAUAUAAAUGACAACCCGCCUGAGUUUCUACAUGAGAAUUAUCAUGCUAACGUGCCAGAGAGGUCCAAUGUGGGUACAUCAGUUAUUCAAGUAACUGCUUCGGAUGCUGAUGAUCCUACCUAUGGGAACAGUGCCAAACUGGUUUACAGUAUUCUUGAGGGUCAGCCGUACUUCUCUGUGGAAGCACAAACAGGUAUUAUUAGAACUGCUCUUCCAAACAUGGACAGAGAAGCUAAGGAAGAAUAUCAUGUUGUAAUACAGGCAAAAGAUAUGGGAGGACACAUGGGAGGACUCUCAGGGACGACUAAAGUGACAAUUACACUUACUGAUGUCAAUGACAACCCACCAAAGUUCCCACAGAGUGUAUACCAGAUGUCAAUAUCAGAAGCAUCCAUUCCAGGGGAAGAAGUAGGACGAUUGAAGGCCAAAGAUCCAGAUAUUGGAGAAAAUGGCUUAGUGACUUACAGCAUCAUUGAUGGAGAUGGUGUGGAGAUGUUUGAAAUUACAACAGAUUAUGAGACUCAGGAAGGUGUUGUAAAGCUUAAGAAGCUCCUAGAUUUUGAAACCAAAAAGUCCUACAGUCUGAAGGUUGAGGCAGCCAAUGUACAUAUUGAUCCUAAGUUCAUCAGCAAUGGACCAUUCAAGGACACUGUAACUGUCAAGGUGGCAGUAGAAGAUGCUGAUGAGCCACCCAUAUUUUUAGCACCAAAUUACAUCCUUGAAGUACAGGAGAAUGCGGCAGCUGGUGCUGUUGUUGGGAGAGUACAUGCCAAAGACCCUGAUGCUGCUAAUAGUGCUAUAAGGUAUUCAAUUGAUCGUCACACUGACCUUGAAAGAUAUUUUAGUAUCAAUCCAGAAGAUGGUUACAUUAAGACCAUAAAAACUUUGGAUAGGGAAGAAAUUGCUUGGCAUAACAUCUCUGUCUUUGCCACUGAAGUCCAUAACCGACAUCAGGAAGCCAAAGUUCCUGUAGCAAUUAAGGUUCUUGAUGUCAAUGACAAUGCUCCAAAAUUUGCAUCCACCUAUGAAGCAUUUAUUUGUGAAAAUACUCAGAGCAACCAGCCAUUUAUUACAAUUACUGCUGAUGACAAGGAUGAUGCAGCCAAUGGACCGAGAUUUAUCUUCAGUUUACCACCUGAAAUUAUUCACAAUCCAAAUUUUACACUCAGAGACAACAGAGAUAAUACAGUGAGUAUUCUUGUUAGACGUGGCGGCUUUAGUCGACAAAAGCAGGAUUUAUACCUUCUUCCUAUUGUAAUAAGCGAUGGUGGAGUCCCUCCAAUGAGCAGCACCAAUACACUUACUAUUAGAGUCUGUGGCUGUGACAGCAAUGGUUCCUUGCUCUCAUGUAAUGCUGAAGCUUACAUCCUCAAUGCUGGACUUAGCACUGGAGCUUUAAUUGCCAUUCUCGCUUGCAUUGUGAUUUUGUUAGUUAUUGUUGUGUUAUUUGUAACACUGAAAAGGCAGAAGAAAGAACCAUUAAUUGUUUUUGAAGAAGAAGAUGUCAGAGAGAACAUUAUCACUUAUGAUGAUGAAGGGGGUGGAGAGGAAGACACUGAAGCCUUUGACAUUGCUACUUUGCAGAACCCGGAUGGCAUCAAUGGGUUUAUUCCUCGGAAAGACAUAAAACCUGAGUAUCAGUAUAUGCCAAGACCAGGGCUUCGGCCAGCUCCUAAUAGUGUGGAUGUUGAUGAUUUCAUCAACACAAGAAUACAAGAGGCUGAUAAUGAUCCGACUGCUCCUCCUUAUGACUCCAUUCAGAUCUAUGGCUACGAAGGAAGAGGCUCAGUGGCUGGUUCACUUAGCUCAUUAGAGUCGGCGACAACAGAUUCUGAUUUGGACUAUGACUAUCUACAAAACUGGGGACCUCGUUUUAAGAAACUAGCAGACUUGUAUGGCUCCAAAGACACUUUUGAUGAUGAUUCUUAACGAUAAAGUUACAAAUUUGGCCUUAAGAACUGUGUCUGAUGUUUUGAAGAAUCCAGAAGAAAUGUAAGCAGGUAUUUUUUUAAAAAUCAAGGAAAGGCUCAUUUAAACAUUUAAGUUUGACAAAGAGGAUUCCUUUAUUAAUAUUAAUAAUAAUAAUAAUAAUAAUAAUAAAAAGGACAGAAAAGUGGUAAAUACUGUGAAGUACCUUUUCUUACAAAAGGAAAAUAUAGAAGUUGAGUAUCAACUUCACUAGCGAAAAACCCACUUGUGAAGUACAAAAUAUUUAAGUGAAGGAAAAUUCUAAAAGGGAACAUACAAACGAGGGAAAUCUUUUCUGUAUUAUGAACAUCUAGAUCUUUUAUGUCAAAGAAGCUUCCACACAUUAGAAAAAAGAUAACAGUUCUGAGCUGUAAUUUCGCCUUAAACUAUGGACACUCUUAUAUGUAGUGCAUUUUUAAACUUGAAAUAUAUAAUAUUCAGCCAGCUUAAACCCAUAUGGUGUAUGUACAGUACAAUGUACAAUUAUAAUGUCUCUUGAGCAUCAAACUUGUUACUGCUGAUUCUUGUAAAUCUUUUUGCUUAUACUUUCAUCUUGAACUAAUACGUGCCAGAUAUAAAACUCUGUCUUGUUGCAGUGGGAGGCGCCCUAUUUCUAUGUCAUUUUUAAUGUAUCUAUUUGUACAAUUUUAAAGUUCUUAUUUUAGUAUACAUACAAAUACCAGUAUUCUGACAUGUAAGAAAUGUUACAGCAUCACACUUAUAUUUUAUGAACAUUGUACUGUUGCUUUAAUAUGUGCUUCAAUAUAAGAAGCAGACUUUGAAAUAAAAUGAUUCUUUUUUUAAUUCUUGUUUUGGUUAUUAAGCAUUUAAGAAAACAUGUAGUGUUUCUAAUGUUCCAUUUAUAGUUCUGACUAAUUUACUACAAUUGUGAUCUUUUAAUAUCCCUAUUUAUUAUGUGUUUGUAGUUGGUUUAUUGCCUUGUUAAGUGAUUAUUUAAAAUCAAAGAUGUUUUACAAAUGUUUUUAGAUAAGAAUCUGUAGUGUCUGGUGAACAUUUUGUACCCUCUCUAUCUACAGCUUGUGUCUGCUCCCAGAAUACAAUAACACUUUUCAACCAAAGUUAGUGUGUUCUGGGAGUAAAUUAAAUAUUUCCCAUGUAAUAUGCAUUUAUCUUAUAGCCGAGAAAUUCCAUGGAUCUCCUAAACAACUUCAUACAUGAAUGGAAGUAAGCUGUACUUACAGUUUACUCCACAUUUGUUAAUUAUAAUAUCCUUACUAA